UCUUGGGAUUCCCUCCUGACGUAUGUGACCGUGGGGAUCCCCGUUCGGUUGAUUAGCGGAUAUAGCCCCGUCCACCGGGUCCUAUUUCAACUCAUUCCAAAGACUCGGAAGUCAACUACAGUCUUUGGAGCUCUGCGGUCUACAAACACUUUUGUCAAGUUGUCUUGUCCUAAAGUCGGUGAUGGAUGCCUUACGGUCGGCUGGAAGAGCGAUCAUCCGAAGUCCAAGCAUCGCGAAACGGUCUUGGAAUUCCGGCAAACAUAAAAAACUUCCUGAGAACUGGACCGACACGAGGGAGACUGUUGUGGAGGGCAUGACCUUUAACCUCCGCCACCUAGGCAUGACCCUGGUGGACCAGGCCAAAGGAGAGGACCUAUCAGCAGCUGCUGUCAAGAGGAUCAUUGCCACGGCCAAAGCGGGAGGUAAGAAGCCUCCGAAGGUUUCUCUGAAGGUUUCUCCUCUGGGUAUAAUGCUCUAUGAUAGUCUGACCAACCAGCUGCUAGACAACAUCUCCAUAUACAGGAUAUCCUACUGCACGGCGGACAAGCUGCACGACAAGGUGUUUGCCUACAUUUCCCAGAACACCCUCAACGGAACACUGGAGUGCCACGCCUACCUCUGCCCCAAGAGGAAAGUGGCCCAGGCAGUGACUCUGACUGUAGCACAGGCCUUUAAAGUGGCCUUUGAGUUCUGGCAGGUUGCCAAAGAAGAGAAAGCGAAGAGGGUGAAGUCCGGCUCGGCUGGAGAAGCAUCCGGCAGCUCCCAAUUAGAAGGAUCCAACAGCCUGGCUAGUCUGAAAGGAGAAGAUGUUGCCACGGGUAACCUACUGGACCUGGAGGAACGGACUCAUGUUGCCGUGGUUCUGGAAACCAAUGGCAACGAGGAGUUCCAGAUGGACGACCACACCGCUCCCGAGGACAUUGAUAACAAUAACACUGUCUGGGAAAUUGAGGAAGACUUGGAUGAGGCUUUUCUAGACUGGCAGUGUCCCGUACUAACCCCCAGGUCCUGGAUGUUGGGGUGACCCCCCAGGAUUGGCUUACAGAACCUGACCGGGCCAAUGGGAACACAUGCAACCAGAACACAUCGGACACCACCAAUGGAGAUGACUUCUCCUUUGUCUUCUGAUUGGCGACCGAGAGGCACAGCCUUUGGGCUCUUUGGCCCAAUCCCGAAUCAACCCCUAGGCCCUACGCAGGAGCUACAGCAUACCAUGUUUGUUUCCUCUCAGGUCUGCAUAGGUCUAGGGCUCAAUUUGAGAUGGGGCCCAUAGAGUUGGCUUUGGACCCAUUCCAAACCGAUCCCUUGCCUCCCCCUUAUAGAUCUGAAAGGACUGCAUAGGUUGACUCCCUCCCCUUAUAGAUAGUAGUAUUACUCUUUGGACCAU